AUGGCUUCUAAAAAACAAAAAACAAUUACUCAAGACAGUGCUAAACAUAUUAUUUCAGGAAUAAAUGCAUCGGAAGUAUAUUCUAUACAAAAUAACAACUCUACUAUAAAAACAAAAAACAAAGAUUUGACGAGAAAGGGUGAUAAUAACAGUAUAGAUAAAGUUGAUAGUUAUAAACAAAAUAAUACCUUAACAGGAAAUAAAGAAUAUGAUAAUACUGGAAUGUCAAUUAUUCUUUUUGAUUUUCAAAGAAAUUUAACAAGCAUCGAAACUAAGCAAACAUUGUUGCAAAAUGAUAUAAAUAAUAUUAAAUCAACACUUAAUAAUCACGAACAAGAAAUUUAUUCACACGAAACAAUUCAUAGAAUAAAACAAUUAGAUUCAAAAAUAAAAAAUAUUCAAACACAAGUUACUGAGAUAUCUAAAAAUUUUGAUAAAGAAUUGAUGGAAAAAGGAAAAUUGAAUGCAAUGCAUGUUGAUGCAUAUAAUAAAUUACAUGAUCAUAUAAAUAAUCAAUUAUCUCUUGAUAAAAAUUCAUUUAACAAUGCUUUUAUUGAUGUUCAACGUGAAAAUAAUAUAAUUAAAAAUCAAAUUACAAAAAUAGAAAAAGACAUAAAAAAUGACAUUAAAAAAUUUGAUAAAAAUUUGAAAGAUUUAGAAAGUAAUAAUAAUAAUUUAAAUAAAGAAUUUAAAAAUAAUAAUUCAAAAAGUAUAAAUGAAAUAAAAGCUUUUAAAAAUGAUAUUACAAAUACAAAUAAUACAAUACGAAAUAAUAUCAACAAUCAAUUUGAAAAAUUAGUAAAUGAAUUUAAUACAAAUGACAGUAAAAUGAAAACAUAUAUUGAUGAAAAAAAUCAAUCUGUUUAUGAAAAAAUAGAUAAUAAUUUUAUUUUAGUAAAUAAUUCAAUUAAUGAAAUUAAAAAUAAAAUGGAUAAUGAUGUUAGAGAAUUGAUAAGUUCACAUGAAAAAAAUGAUAACAAAGUAGAGGAAAUUAAUAAAGCUGUUCAAAAAAUUGAAAAAUCAAAUUUAAAAGCAAUUAAAGAAUCACAAGCACUUACCAAUUCAACAAAAAGACAUGAAGAAGGUAUUAUUAAAAAGCUAACAUUUCUUGAAAAUCAGCUACAUGAAUAUGUUGACAAUGUAAAUAAAAAAAUGAAAAAUCUGGAAAAUGAUGUUGAACAAAAAUUGACGCAUUCAAAAAGUAAUGAAAGUUUGCAAAGUACAAGUACUAAUAUAAUAAAAUCAUCUGUUACUACAAAUACACCUGAUAAAAUUAGACAAGAGCUAUUAGAAAUAAUGAAUGAAAAUGAAAAGCUAUCAUAUCAUGGAAUGUUAAUUUUUGAGGAAAAAAUUUUAAAUAUCCAAAAUAAAUUAGAUAAUUUUAAAAAUGAAUAUGAUGUAAAAUCAAAACAAUAUCCAAAUAAUAAAACAAUUAAUGAAAUUAAAAAACAAAUGACAACAUUUGAAAACUUAGUAAAUCAAGUUACAAUUGCCCAAUCAACAAUUAAUAAAAAAAUUGAAGAAGAAAUUCCAGGAAAUAUUAAUGAAUUAUCAAUGAAAACAAACAAUGCUUUAAAAGCUCUUGAUACCAAAUAUUCACAAGAAAUAAAUUCAUUACAAAAUUCCCUUGUUGAUAUAAAUAAAUCAAAAAAAGUAAUUAAUAAAGAGAUUGAAGAAAAUAAAAAACAAAGAAACAAACAUGAAGAACUUUUAAUGAAUAAAUUAUUAAAAUUAGAAAACGAUGUGAAUUCUUACAUAAAUCUAAAAAGAAAUGAGGUAGAUGAAUUUGAAAAAAGAGACGUUAGUAGAAAAAGUAUCUCUAGAUUAAGUAGUAAACAAUCAAGAAGAACUGAAUUAUCUAAUGAAAAAAGUAUUGAUAUAGAAAAAAUACGUUCAGAACUUAGUUCAAUUGUAAAUGAUAAAUCUAAAUUAACAUAUCAAGCAACAUUAACAGUUGAAGAAAAAGUUAUAAAUCUUCAAGAAAGACUUAACAAUUUUAAAAAAGAAAUGGAUAGUAAAUUAAGUGAAAAAGAUCUAGAUGAUCCAAGAAUAAUUCAUUUGCAAAAACAAAUGGGUUUGGUUAAAGGAAUGAUUAAUGAUAUAGAAAAAGUACAACAUCAAAUGAAAGAAAAAAUAGACAAUGAAGUACCAGAAAAUAUAGAGGAAAUGUCAAUGAAACUGAAAAGUGCUUUAAAUUCAAUUGGUAAAAAAAUAGCUCAAGAGGAGGAAGAACGUUAUUUAGCAAUAAAUGAACUUCAGGAAGUAUGUGAAGGAUUGUUGGCAAACUAUAGACUACUUAAUAAUGAUAAUGAAAAGAAAAAAGACGAAAAAAAUGAAAGCAUAGAUGAAAUGAAACAAGAAAUAGAAAAGUGCAAAAAUGCAAUUAAAAAAAUUACAGAAAGUUUAGUAGAUUUCAAAGCCGAUGUUGAAAAACAAAUUAAUAAAAAAAAGUAA